AAACAAUCAAUGAUCAGAUAAAACCCCUAUUCUUCUUGGUUUUACACCGUUGAGUCUUUCGUCACUUGAAAACUCAUCAAUAAUGGUACCUUUGAACAUUCUUACAGCUUUGACUUGUCUUAACACGGCACAAAGCGUCCUGCCGCCUUCGCCUCCGGACUUGCCAACCUCAUCAAAGCUCAUCGGCGAUCCCUGCACCCAAGUCGAUGGAGUCUGGAAAAUCACUGAAGACUGCAGCGAUCCUCUCUACUCCCAGCCCAUAAUCGACAACGAGACUCACGAGACGCUGCCGGUUCCUCACCGUAGACUUUCAGGUCAUUUCGAAGGGACAUCUGUAGACUUCAACAUUUACCUCCCCCAUAAUGGAUGGAAGGGUCGCUUCUUCCAACUCGUCUACCCACUACAGAACUCAACCGCAUCUGAUCGAGAGAUUGGCUUUGGUGCAGAGAGUGGAGGAUAUACCGUUCGUGCUUCUGGUUGUCCAACGUACCGUGGUGAUGCAGCUGCAGCAAAGUUUGGCAUGAUGAUUGCACGGGAGUAUUACAAGCCCAAGACCAAUAAGAUCCAUGGGUAUAUCUACGGAGGUAGCGGUGGAUCUCUUGUCACUGUUGGAGCGAUGGAGAAUACGAUUGGUAUAUGGUCUGGUGCCUUAACCCUGGUCCAAGCUGUGCCAGUCUCUAUCAACAACUGGUCCAUCCGUGCUCUAGCAGGUCUUGUUCUUCAGAAUAAGAUUUGUGAGAUUGAAGACGCGCUCAGGCCUGGUGGCAGUGGUAAUUUCUACUCCAGCUUGAACUCCAUCGAGAGAACAGCGUUUCAAGAGGCCACGGCCCUUGGUGUCCCUAUCAAAGCGUGGGAGAGCUUCCACGAUACUGGAGCCUCUGAGUCACUUUGGGAGUCAAUUAGGACUGUAUCUGGGGCAACUGUGAUAAAAAUGGAUCCCACCUAUGUGGAUGACUUCUGGAACCAGCCUGGAUACUUGGGUAACGAGAAGUCGAAGCUGGGCGAGAUAUUACGCAAGGAGAUGGUUGACUACAAGACCUCGAUUACAUCUAUCAAACGUGACGCCAACGAUAUUCCUGUUGAGCUCAUCCUCGACAAGGCACCCGAAUCAGCGCGAACUUACUGGCUGGAUAUCAUCAUUCUCUCCAAAGACGACAAAGCACUUGGCAAAGUCACUGCUAAGGGUCGUGAUGACAGUGACACCAAAACUGUCACUCUUCACCACGGCAAUGAUGCCACCGUCCUCUCUCUUCUCCAGCAAGGUACUCAAGUCCGCAUAGGUAACCGAAUGUUUCUCGCCAUGCACGCACUCCAUCGGUACUCAGUCCCCAAGCGCUCAGGCUUCUACGGAUACGAUUAUCUCCGUGAUUCCAACGGAGACCCUAUAUAUCCCCAGCGCUCUGUACUAGUGGCAGAGCAGAUAGCAAGGUCUGCUAGUGGUGGCGCUACGUUUUCGGGCAAGUUCAACGGCAAGAUGAUUGUCAUGGAUAAUCUUUUGGACGUUGACGCGUUUCCGUGGCAUGCAGAUUGUUAUAAGAACGAAGUCAGAAAGGUAUAUGGGGAUGAUGCCGAUGAUAAGUUUCGUCUUUAUUUUAGUGAGAAUGCGGAUCAUCAAAUGGGCAGUAUUGGGACUUUCAAGAGCUCUCAAGUUGUGGACUUCACGGGCCUUUAUGAGCAGCAACUACGAGACUUGAGUGUUUGGUGCGAAACAGGGACAAAUCCAAGCACUCCAACCAAUUAUACCAUUAGUAACUCCCAGGUGCAACUUCCUGCCAGAGCUUCUGAGAGGAAGGGUCUCCAACCUGUUGUAGACCUCAGCGUUAACGGCGGAAAGCGAGUUGAGAUCAAAACGGGGGCAAUAGUUACGUUUAAAGUAAGCGUGGAAGUUCCUCCCGGUGCAGGAAAAAUCGUUUCCUUGGAGUGGGAUUUUGAAGGGACAGGCCACUUUGUCAACAAGAGCUUUGGAGAGGUUGCACAAUCUGUUGAGACUACGGUUUGUUAUACUUACAGACGACCUGGGACCUUCUUUCCAGCAGUGAGGGCUGCCUCUCAUAGAGAUGGUAGGAUAGAUACACGUUAUGCUCUGGCUUUGAACUUUGGGCGCGUAAGGGUUGUCGUCAUUUAGUUGCUCUACUGGUAUUAUGAACUUAUGAAGCUGGGAGGGACAUUACGCCCAUAAAAGAGGAGUACCAGAC